AUGUCAAUGCCCAUGGUAUCCGUAGUGUGGGCCCGCGUGAAGUUCAGGAUAUCGAUCAUUGUCGAAAAGAAGGAGCUAGAGGAAGCACUUAAGCACAUAGUAACUGAGUUCCGCAUUAAGAGCUUCUGGGAAAACAGCUACCGAGUUAAAACGGCUAUAAUAGAGCUACCAAAAGAAGACGCUCACAAUAUAGUUAACGCAGGAAAAAUCAAGAAGUUAACAGAAUGGCAAGUUCUAGACGAAGAUAGUCUAAGUGGUCAUAAGUACAUCAAGUUUCACAUUCUCCAAGAAGGAUGUAAAGUACAAAAACAGCCACAGCUGGGAUGGAAACUUGACAAAAUGAACCAGGAUAUUUUUCUACAAGUCCUUAAAGAAAACGAGGCAAAGACACCAAAAGACUUGGUUGCGCUGACCACAAAAGCCUGCCAAAAGGCCAUGCCGAAAAAAGGGCAUUGUCAAAAAACACCUGUUUUCUGGUGGAACAAACUAAUUGGAGAAAAAAGAAAACAAUGCACAAGCUGCCGAAGGAAAUAUACGCGUGCGCGACGCAAAAAAGGCAUGGGGAACUUAAAAGUAGACAUAGUAAGGGAAAAUGAACUCUUUAAUUUAAAAGAAAAGUACAGAGUCGCAAAAAUGGACCUUCAGUUAGAAAUUACAAAGGCAAAAGCGCAGAACUGGAAAAAUCUAUGUGACGAAAUCGAUAAAGAUACGUGGGGUCUGGGAUACAGAAUUGUCACCAAAAAACUGCACCAACGUCCGCCUAGCUUAGAUAUGGGCUUAAUCAAUUCUGUGGUAGAGAUACUGUUUCCACAGCAUAAAAGUUUCGGCCGAAUAGUCGCAGAGGAAACCCAUUUCGCUGAAGUAACAGAAGAAGAAAUAGAAAAGGCUGCAGAAGGGUUGAAAUUCAAAAAGGCGCCCGGACACGACCUUCGGAAUCCAGAAAUAGUCAAACUGGCAGCUAAAAUGAUUCCCGACAAAAUUAAGAACAUCAUUAAUGUGGCCAUGAAAACAGGGAACUUCCCCACGAUUUGGAAGAAAGGGAGACUAGUACUUCUUAGGAAAGAUGCAGUGCUGGUUAUAGCAGGACUAGUGCCUAUAGCCAAACUUGUAAAGGAACGCGCAAUGCUGUUUGAGAGUAAGGAUCUGACUUCCGCAGAAACCCGAGAACUUAUACUGCAAGAAUGGGACAGAGACUGGAGGGGACAAGGAAAAGGGACUUGGACGAGAGAACUGAUCCCGGAUCUCAUAAAAUGGCACAAGAGAGAGCACGGAGAGGUGGACCGCUGGCUGACGCAGGCACUCUGCGGCCAUGGCGUUUUUAAAACCUACCUCUUCGCCAUCGGGAAAGCGCAAGAUGAGAGCUGCUACUUCUGUGAUGAGGAGGAUACACCGAGGCACGCACUGUUUGAAUGCCCAGGUACCACAGAUGUAAGAGCAGCCGCUGAAGGUACUAAUGAGGGAGUAAACGCAAGUAACCUCAUCUCACGUAUGCUGUCAAGUGAGGAGCAGUGGCAGAAGUACGCCCAUAUGCUUCGAACCACAAUGAAAAGAAGGGAGGAAAAAGAGACAGAACAAAAGAGAGAGAGUGAAAGAAAACAACAGGAAGGUCAGCACGAAGAAAUGCAUAGCGGUUCCGUGCUGACCAUGGAGUCCAGGGAAGAUUAUUUUUAG